CAUGCAUAAAGCAUGAACUUCACCCGAAAAUAAAAUAAAAUACUCCCAACAAUAUUUACUUGAUUAUUUUUCUACAUGAACCUCAAUGUAUCCAUACAUACAUCAUGAAUCCAGACAAACCCGUGUCGAAAAUGAACCAAAAACGACUUGUUUUCUCAAUGUUACCUUUAAUGGUUUCCGCUCUCCUCAUCGCGAUCUUCGUCGUCUUCAACCUCAGUGUGAAAACCCCGUUAUUUUAUUCGUCAAAUCUCCAGAACCAUCCAUCACCAAAGCAAUUCAGCCUCCUAAUAGGAAUCCUAACUCGAGCAGAUAAUUAUGAUCGUCGCCAUUUCCUACGCCUCAUUUAUGGAAUCAAAUCCCCUCCGUUCGCCCAAAUAGACAUCAAAUUUGUAUUCUGCAACCUCACAAAACAAGAACAAAGAGUUCUAAUAUCCCUAGAGAUCCUCCGAUUCAACGACGUUAUCAUUCUCAAUUGUUUCGAGAACAUGAACAACGGGAAAACAUACACCUACUUCUCUUCACUUCCACAAAUUCUAUCUCAGUCUUAUGAUUAUGUCAUGAAGGCGGAUGAUGAUGUCUUUUUACGGCUUUUGCCACUGGCAUUAUCACUACAGCCACUACCAAGAUCGGAUUUGUACUACGGGUUUGUGAUUCCCUGCCAAAGUAUGAAUCCGUUUGUGUCGUAUAUGUCGGGAAUGGGGUUUGUUUUAUCAUGGGAUUUGGUUGAAUGGAUUGCAAGUUCGGAUAUUCCUAGAAAUGACACUUUUGGUCCUGAGGAUAAACUAGUUGGAAGAUGGUUGAAUGCUGGACGGAAAGCGAGAAACAGGUUUUCUAACAAGCCUGCCAUGUAUGAUUAUCCGGGUACAAACGGGAGAUGCUCGCAUGAGCUUAUUCCCGACACGAUAGCCGUUCACAGGCUCAAAAGAUGGGAUCAAUGGCUUGCUGUGAUUCGGUACUUUAACGUGACUAAAGAACUUAAGGCGUCCAAACUUUACCAUGGUUUAGAUUUUUAAUUCGAUUUUCAUAUUCAAUAUCGAUUCGCGUUAAGAAUUCAGUUUCUAGAGAAAAAAACACAACAUAGACGAAGAAUGUGAAUUUUAUUAUUUCGUUCCAUAGUAUACAUGUUAGCUCUCAUUCAAAGACGGUUCACAGGCGCUUUAUUUCUUUUAUUUAA